AUGGGCUCGACAACACAGCCAAACAUCCCCGACCCCACCGCCGACCUUCACUGGUCUGACUUCAAGGGCCCCAUCCACCAAAUCUUCGCCGCCAACGCGCGCAAGCACCCACACCGCCCAUGCGUCGUCGAGACGGCGACAGGCAGCACGCCUGAGCGCGCCUUCACCUACCAGCACAUCUUCAACGCCGUCGCCGUGCUGUCACACCACUUCGUCCAGAGCGGCAUCCAGCGGGGACAUGUCGUCAUCAUCUUCGCCCACCGCGGCGUCGACCUGGUCGUCGCCAUCAUGGCCGUCCUGGCUGCAGGCGCCACCUUCUCCGUCCUGGACCCCUUAUACCCCCCGGACCGCCAGUGCAUCUACCUCCAAGUCUCCCAGCCGCGCGCCCUCGUCGUCAUCAAAAAGGCCACGCAGGAAGCGGGCCCCCUCUCGCCCCAGGUGCGCCAGUACAUGGCAGAGAACCUGCAGCUGAGCACAGAGGUCCCCGCCCUCGAGCUCAGGGACGAUGGCUCGCUGCUCGGCGGCGCCAAAGACGGCAGGGAUGUCCUGCACGAGCAGCAGAAGAACAAGGCCGAGCUGCCCGCCGUGCUCGUCGGCCCAGACUCGACCCCCACGCUGUCCUUCACCUCGGGCUCCGAGGGAUUGCCCAAGGGCGUCAAGGGACGACACUUCUCCCUGACGCACUACUUCCCGUGGAUGGCAGACGCCUUUGGCCUGUCGGACCAGGACAGGUUCACCAUGCUUUCGGGCAUCGCCCACGACCCCAUCCAGCGCGACAUCUUCACCCCUCUGUUCCUCGGCGCCCAGCUGCUCGUCCCCAGCAAGGAAGACAUCCAGCACGAGAAGCUCGCCGAGUGGAUGCGCACCCACGGCGCCACCGUCACCCACCUGACCCCCGCCAUGGGCCAGAUCCUCGUCGGCGCUGCUUCCGCCGUCUUCCCCGCCCUCCACCACGCCUUCUUCGUCGGUGAUCUGCUGAUCAAGCGCGAUGUCCGCAGACUGCAGGCCCUUGCCCCCAACGUCCGCGUCGUCAACAUGUACGGCACCACCGAGACACAGCGCGCCGUCAGCUACUACGAGCUCCCGAGCGCCACAGACGCCCCCGACUUCCUCGACUCCAUCGGCGAUGUCGUCCCCGCCGGCCGCGGUAUGCACAACGUGCAGCUGCUCGUCGUCAACCGCGAGGACCGCAACAAGAUGUGCGCCGUGGGCGAGAGCGGGGAAAUCUACGUGCGCGCCGCUGGCCUCGCCGAGGAGUAUCUGGGCUUGCCGGACAUGACAGCAUCCAAGUUUGUUGACAACUGGUUCGUGGACCCCGGCAGGUGGGCGCGAGAGGACAAGCAGCGCGUCGAGGCCAUGAGCGCACCCGAGCCGUGGCGAGAAUUCUACAAGGGCCCACGUGACAGGCUCUACCGCUCUGGAGAUCUCGGUCACUACGGUCCGGAUGGCAACGUCCACUGCACCGGCCGCGUGGACUCCCAAGUCAAGAUCCGUGGCUUCCGCAUCGAGCUGGGCGAGAUCGACUCCCACCUGUCUGCCCACCCGCUGGUUCGCGAGAACGUCACCCUGCUCAAGCGCGACGCCUACGAAGACCAGUCCCUCGUCAGCUACAUCGUCCCCGAGAUGAAGCGAUGGCACGACUGGCUCGAGGAGCGCGGUGCCAACGUGCCCUCCACGGAGGAGACGGACAUGGUGGCCAUGCUCAAGCGCUUCAAGUACCUGCGAGACGACGUGCGCGAGCACCUGAAGAAGAAGCUACCCGCCUACGCCGUACCCUCCGUCAUCGUCCCCAUGCUGCGAUUCCCUCUCAACCCCAACGGCAAGAUCGACCGCCCAGCGCUUCCCUUCCCCGAGCCUGCGCAGAUCGCUGCCGCCGGUGCCAGACGUCCGUCUCAGCUUGGCCAAGCGCUGACGCCCACCGAACAGAGCAUGGCGGAGAUCUGGGCGGAGCUGCUCAGCGAUCGUGGCGUGACGGCCGACAGCAUCAACGGCUCCGAUUCCUUCUUCGAUCUGGGCGGCCACAGCAUCAUUGCCCAGCAGCUUCUGUUCAAGGUUCGUCAAGGAUGGAAGGACAUCGAUGUGCCCAUGACGGCCAUCUUCCAGCAUCCCACCCUGCGUGCCUUCUCCGCAAACAUCGACCAGGCAAUCGAUCCCAUCGGUCUGCGCCUGGACACCGCCGACGCUGUCGAGGACGACCCGGAAGACGAGGCGUACUCUGCCGAUGCGAGAGACCUCGCUGCCCAGCUGAGCGACUUCAAGACCAGGGAGCCGCUGAAGCCUGGCGACGAGGUCCACACCUUCCUCACCGGCGCUACUGGCUUCUUGGGAGCCUACAUCCUCCGCGACCUCCUCUCAAGACCCGGCAAGGUCACUGUCCUCGUCCGUGCCAGGGAUAGGGACGGAGCGCUCGAUCGCGUGCGCAACACGUGCGAAGCGUACGGCAUCUGGGACCACGGCUGGCUGGACCGUCUCGAACCGCUCGUGGGAGAUUUGCAGAAGCCAAACUUCGGCCUGGCACCCAACACGUGGAGUCUGUUAUGUGACGACGUCGACGUCGUCGUCCACAACGGCGCCCUCGUGCACUGGGUGCUGCCCUACUCCCGCCUACGUGGCCCCAACGUGGAAUCCACCAUGACCGCCCUCGCCCUCUGCUCCACCGGCAAGGCCAAGAACUUUGGCCUGGUUUCCUCCACGUCGGUCCUUGACACCGACUACUUCGUCAAGCUGUCCGACAAGUCGUUGGCAGAAGGCGGGACCGGCGUUCUCGAAGAAGACGACCUGGAGGGCGCGCGCAAGGGCCUCGGAACAGGAUACGGCCAGUCCAAGUGGGCUGCCGAAUACAUCACCCGCGCGGCUGGCAAGCGCGGCCUCGCUGGCUGCGUGAUCCGCCCUGGCUACGUCCUCGGAGACCCAGACAACGGUACCACAAACACCGACGACUUCCUCGUCCGCAUCCUCAAGGGCUGCGUCCAGCUCAAGUCGCGCCCGGACAUCAAGAACCCGAUCAACAUGGUCCCUGUCACACACGUCGCCCGCGUCGUCGUCGCAUCGAGCUUCAGCCCACCCACCGCGCCACUGGGUGUAGCGCAAAUCACCUCGCACCCGCGCAUCACAUUCCAGCAGUUCCUCGGCUCCCUCGAAUCCUUUGGCUACAACGUCCCGGAAGUGCCCUACUCCACCUGGAAGGACAACAUGGAAGCCUACGUCGCCGACCGCAGCGGCACGAGGGAAGAGAACGCGCUCCUCCCCCUCUACCACUUCGUCACCGGCGACCUGCCCUCCGACACCAAGGCACCAGAGAUGGACGACCGCAACGCCACCAAGGCGCUGAAGGCGGACGCGCAAUGGACGGGCCAGGACUGGAGCGCUGGCGGCGCCGUCACCGAAGACACGGUCGGCGUGUACCUGAGCUACCUCAUCGACCUCGGCUUCAUGCCUCCGCCGGAGAAGAAGGGCCUCAAGGACCUGCUUGCGAGCAAGCUCACUGAUGCUAUGAAGGAGACGCUCAAGACUGUCGGUGGGCGGCGCGGUGUUUGA